ACUGUACCGGUACCAAUUCGUGCAACCUUCUUUCUCUCUCCCUCCCUAAUAUUUCUUUUAAAAAAACCAAAUCCUAUCGGAUCCGGCCCUUGCUACCAAAGCAUUGGACCGGGUUCGAAUCCGGCGUACACCAAUGAAUAUUUUCAAUAUUUAAGUGUAUUAUUCUGCUCAGCCCAAGAAAUACAAACGAGUUCCAAUCUCAAAAGUGUAGCCCCUACCCUUAUCGGAUCCGGCCCUUGCUAUCAAAGCAUUGGACCGGGUUCGAAUCCGGCGUACACCAAUGAAUAUUUUCAAUAUUUAAGUGUAUUAUUCUGCUCAGCCCAAGAAAUACAAACGAGUUCCAAUCUCAAAAGUUUACCCUCUACCGUAGUCGCUCAUGACCUUAGUAGUUUAUGCGACUUUAAAAACAAA